GGACUCCUUUGCAGACAGGGAUGAGCCUGGAGAAAGCAGAAGAGAGGAGAGCUUGAGGUUCACACGGUGGAAGGGGACGACCCGAGACAUCCAGCUGGAUACACCCGCUCUGGAGAUGGCUGAGGAGGAUCUCCAGGGCUCCAGCACCCGUUUCUCACUCUCCUUUUCGGGCAGUGGCUUUCUGGUCCUGUACCAGGUCGGGGUGGUCCAGUCCCUCCUGGAGCUGGCUCCUGAACUCCUCAAGUCUGCGUGCAAGGUCUACGGCUCGUCCGCUGGCUCGCUCAUCGCCGCCGCCGUCGUCUGCGGCAUCGGCCUCGAUGAGCUAAAGGAAUUUUUCUUUGCCAUGGCAAGGGAAGUCAGGAAAACCAUCCUGGGCCCUCUGUCCCCCAAGUGCAGCUUGCUGGCCAACAUCAAGGCUGUUCUGCAGAGGAUGCUCCCCGAGGACUCCUACCAGCUGGCGUCGGGGCGGCUGCACAUCUCCCUCACCCGGGUGGCCGAUGGCCAGAACGUCAUGGUCUCUGAGUUCAGCUCCAAAGAGGAGCUCAUUCAGGCUCUCCUCUGCAGCUGCUUCCUUCCUAUCUACUGUGGAUUCAUCCCUCCAUCCUACCGAGGUGUGAUCUUCAACGGCAGCAUCCAGAUCUCCAUAGAGAACCUCUGCAGGAUUAGCUACGCCCUCUUUCCCCCUAGCACCAUGGUUUUGAACGACAUUUUCUCCCAGGGGUACCAGGACACGGCCCUUUUCCUCUACAGGAACAAUGCCUUUGGCUUCAACUACUUUGGUGGCAAUUUCCGCUUCGCCAGCAUGUGUGGGAGGAAUGAGGUUCCACCCUCCAGCAGGACAUGGACAGGCCUAUACAAAAGGGUACCGCAGUGCCUGACCCCUUGCUUCCUGCCAGGCUUGUCUCUGUGGAGGAAGGAGCAGCUGACUGGACUGCAGGAUCCACUGUCAAAGGUCCUGCUGCAGCCCUACAGGCUCCCAGCUUUCCUCAGGAAGGGGCUGAAGAAGCUGUGGGGGCUGCUGGAAGGAAUCAGCUCCACGGUAAAAGAGUUCCAGAAGUUCCUCCAGACCCUGGUGCCUGGUCUGCCCAAGAUCGCCGUGGCCAGGAGGUGA